CCGCCAGCGGACCAGGGAGAGCGUGGUGAGGAAUCCCAGCAGCCCCAGGAGAGUGAGAGCCGGACCGGCUGGACCCCCGGAGGAGGAGCCGAGAGGGAACCACGUUGCCACGGGAGAGGCCUCAGUUCAGGGCUGCAGCAUGUUCACCACAGUGAAGGCCUUCGAGGGGCAGCAGUACUCCACCCUGAAGAGGCAGUGCUUGCAGAGUGGGCUGCUCUUUGAGGACCCCCGCUUCCCCGCCACCGACGACUCGCUCUUCUACCAGGGCAACAGGAUCGGACGUGUGGUCUGGAAGAGACCUCGGGAGCUGUGCGAGGACCCUCACCUAUUUGUUGAUGGCAUCAGCGCGCACGAUCUCCAUCAGGGACAGCUGGGUAACUGCUGGUUUGUUGCGGCGUGCUCCAGUCUGGCCUCCAGAGAGUCUCUGUGGCAAAAAGUCAUCCCUGACUGGAAGGAGCAGGAGUGGGAUACAGAGAAGCCAGAGUCGUAUGCCGGGAUUUUCCACUUCCGCUUCUGGCGCUUCGGUGAGUGGGUGGAUGUGGUGAUUGACGACCGGCUACCGACGGUGGACAACCAGCUGGUCUACUGCCACUCCAACGACAGCAACGAGUUCUGGAGUGCCCUGGUGGAGAAGGCCUAUGCCAAGGUUUAUGGCUGCUAUGAGGCUUUAGAUGGAGGAAACACGGCCGACGCGUUGGUGGACUUUACUGGUGGCGUUUCUGAGCCCGUGGACCUGCUGGAGGGUCAGAUGGCUACAGACGAAGUGGCCCGUAACCAGCUGUUUGAAAGAGUUCUCAAAGUCCACAACAGAGACGGCCUCAUCAGCUGCUCCAUCAGGGCAACCACGAUAGAGGACAUGGAGGCACGGCUGGACUGUGGGCUGGUCAAAGGCCACGCAUACGCUGUAACAGACGUGCGGAAAGUGCGGCUAGGUCACGGACUGCUGGCCUUCUUCAAAUCGGAGAAGCUGCACAUGAUCCGCAUGAGGAACCCCUGGGGGGAGAAGGAGUGGAGUGGCCCCUGGAGCGACAGUUCAGAGGAGUGGAACAAGGUGAGCAAGAGCGAGAGAGAGAAGCUGGGCGUCACCGUGCAGGACGAUGGCGAGUUCUGGAUGACGUUCGACGACUUCUGCCAGUACUUCACUGACCUGAUCCUGUGUCGCCUCAUCAACACCUCCUACCUGAGCAUCCACAAAACCUGGGAGGAGGAGGUGAUGAGGGGCUCCUGGAUCCACCGCCAGGACCCCCUACGCAACCGAUCCGGAGGCUGCAUCAAUCACAAGGCCACCUUCCUGCAGAACCCUCAGUAUGUCUUUGAUGUGAAGAAGGUGGAGGACGAGGUGUUGAUCUGCUUACAGCAGAAAGAAAAGAGGGCCACACCCAAAGAGGGCAAAGGGGAAAACCUCGCCAUAGGUUUCGAUAUUCACCGGGUGGAGCUAAAUCGGAAGUACCGUAUGCACUCAGCCCAGCAGAAAGUAGCGGGCUCCAUCUACAUCAACUCACGCUGCGUCUUCCUCAGGAAGGAGCUGAAGGAGGGCCGCUACGUCAUCAUUCCCACAACCUUUGACCCCGGGCAGCAGGGCGACUUCCUGCUCCGUGUCUUCACUGAUGUGCCUUCAGACUGCAAAGAGCUGACUCUGGACGAGCCUCCUCAGACAUGUUGGACGGGGAUGUGUGGCUACCCUCAGCUGGUCACUCAGGUCCAUGUACUGAACGCUGAGGGUCUGCAGGGACAGGACUCUAAUGGAGCUGUCGAUCCCUACGUGAUCAUCACCUGUGAAGGAGAGAGGGUUCGUUCACCAGUUCAUAAGGACACACGGUGCCCAAACUUUGACAUCAAAGGCCUGUUUUACCGCAAGAAACCUAAGGAGGGCAUCCACAUCGAGAUCUACAACAAGAACAUGAUCGUGGACACCUUCCUGGGUCAGGUGAUCCUGUUCAGCGACCCCAACGAGCGGCAGGAGCAGCACACGCUUCACCUCCGCGACAAGGGCAACCGCCAGGACAACGACCUUCCGGGCACGCUCACUGUGCGCCUCAUCACCUCCACCACGCUAACCAACAUCUGA